CCAUUUCAAAGGUGUGCAGCAGAAAACUACAACUCAAGGCGUAGUCCUUUUCACAUAAUCCAAAUCUUCUAGAUUAGGCCAUUUGACAACAAAUCUGACAAGGCGGGCCCACAUCUAAGAUAUUUUUUUAUACCUCAUUUCUCACAUAACUCCCUCCAUAUUUUGCCCCCUUUUCCUUUGCUGUUGUCCGCCAUCUUCUUCUCCUGCUCCGGCCAGGCGCAUCUCUCUGCCUCCACCGGCACUGCGCCAAGACAGCUGCACAAACGAUGCCUGAUUUCGGUGCUUUGCAAUUGCAAUGGCGAGAUUUGCUUCAUCAUGCCGCCGAAGCCAUCGUCGGCCGGCGGCGGCCCCCGCGUCCGCCGAAGCAGCAGCACUGCGGGCCCCAAAGACGCCGUGCACGCCCAUCGGGGCCUCCGUGAGGUGCCUUUGCUGGAACGUUGCCCACUCCCACACCCGUCGCCACUCACAGGCCCGCCGCGUCGCCACAACUGCACCGGCACCCAAUGAUGCUGUGCACGCCCAUCGCCUCGGCCUCUUCUUCCCUGUCUCCGACAGGGUAAGCCGCCUUGGCCUCGUCGUCAAUGACUCGAAGCCCACGGCAUCAAACCCCCUCCACCCAAUUCUUUCCUCCCUAAGAUACUCCGAGCUCUCCACACUACUCCACACCUCCUCAAUCCCGCUCCAUAGAAUCCUCGAAGGCUCUCGUGGCCAUCUUCGGAUCUUCCUUCGGCAAGAGUUUGAGCUCUCUGACGAGCUAGAGGCAAGCGCCAUGCCGUUGGUUGCUGUCCCUUGCCACUGACCCACCAAGAGGAGCGCACCGACGAGUUGAAUCUUCUUGAGCCCGUGUCGAUUGCCGUCGAUCUGCCGCUCGCCGCUGGUGAGUUCAUCGUAUGGGGCCGCAUGCCUGAGAAGAAGAGAAACCACCACAUUUGGAACAAGAAAUCCACAUUUUUUAUUUUAUUUUUACAACAACUACCGCUUUUGAGCACAUAGGUACCCCCAUUUCUCCUCUCCAAGCCAGUCCACGGAGGGGUAGGUGAGAUCUCCCCUUCAGUUCUUAGUGUUCUAGGCCACAAAUCUCUCCCAUAUCCCACUCCUCUGUUGAAUCUGCUGCUACAUCCCUCUGUAACCGAAUCUCUGCCCUGUAAGUCUGAACCCUGCUUGUUCUUGCUGUUCUUGGCUGUAAACUCUUAAACCUGCGUGUAAAACUCUUGUUUCAGUUUAGUAAUCUGUUCUAGUGUUUAUUUU